CGGUGUCAUGUCAUCCUUCUUUAUCCAAAUCAAUUUCGGAACUCAACAAUCAACAUGGUAGGUUUUAAGUAAUGCUUCCAGCUGGAGUUUUCAUCGAUGGAUAUCGUCACAUGUGGGUCUAGGGCGCAGUUCAACAGGCGUCCGCAACAGUCUCUCGUUAACGCCCGUUAGCCCCAUGAUCAGGGGGAUUCAUACUUGGACGCCACUUUAACAAUACAACUGCCAGCUUCAGGGAAGCUGGCAACCAAACCCACGAGAUCCAUUUUUAUCUCCGCACACCUUGCCAUAACGCCAUUCACUUGAAUCGACGAGUGAACAUACGGUGUUAGCAUCAUUCACGUCAAUAGCGGCACCGCCCCUAGUGUCUGUGAACGAGCGCAUAAAUGUCCUUAACUUGUCCGUUAAGAACAAUGGGUUCCUGCAACAACGCAAAGCUAACCCGCAUGCUGGUCAGUCGCUGCCCUAAAUCAUACAUGACUGCCUAUGUAUGGUGGCAGUUAAAUUGUAUUAAUUUAACUGCCAUUUUAGUGCUUGGCACCCGCUCUUGCCACUGCCGCAGCAUAGACAGGACAGUCUUUGCUUAGCAUAAAGUGUCCUGCCGGGCUUCCCCUAAAGUCGCAAUCACGACAAUUGAUCGCAUUGCCGCAAUCCCGUUUAGACACACAGACUCCGUCUGCCUACACCUAGAGGCAAAGUGGUCCAGUCCAAGGCAGCGACUACACCACUGAACCAAACGUUUCUCUUUAACGGGAAACGAAAAGUGUUUUAUAUAACACCUCCCGUCUCCCAACAAGAAACCUCCAGCCCGAGGGGAGCACUCAAGAACAACAUUAUGUCGUCCUUCCCCAGCUUUCCAAGGAGUCGAGAGCGAAACCUCCCGUUGGAACUCCUUUGAGGUAAGCUUGCAUAAGUUCAACUUAUGCAGCUCACCCAAAAAUUCCUCGGGAGAAAUUCGUUUCUCCACACCCUGAACCACAAGGGACAUACCUUUCCUGGAUUCAGCAGAUAGACCAACCUCCUCAAGCUUUUUAUGCCCAAGGAACGUGUUCCGCUCGGCUAAAGAGGGCAUGCAGACAACAACGCCCCCCUGUUUGCCAGGGCGCACAUUAUGCACCCUGACACCCACAGCAGGCACCAGUUCAUCCACCACCCUCCUCUUUAUUUCAGCAGGGGUGUCAUUUUUCCCCCCUUUGACCACCAACGACCACGUCUCAGUUGGCUUAGUGGCUUCAACAUCAGGUAGUGAAACCUGUGUUUUCACCACCAAACCACUAGAGACCGCAGCCGACCUGUCAAUUUGGGUGAACGAAGGACGUUCAGCCACCUCUACGCCAACAGGAACACCUAAGGAUCUGGCAGGCUCACUUGGCACAGCAGUUCCCCGGAGUCCAUUUUCAGGCUUCCUAGCUAUAACAGAAGCUCCACCUUCAAUUCUCCCUCUGAGCCUCUCGUUUACGCCCGUCAGCCCCAUGAUCAAGGAUUCAUAUUUGGACGCUACAUUUACAAUACGGCUGCCAGCUUCAGGGAAACUAGCCACCAAACCCACGAGAUCAAUUCUAAUCUCUGCACAUCUUGCCAUAACGUUGGCCAGAGUCAAACUUUCAUCAAGGCUCCCACCCACACCAGACAAGUUGACAGAGCCGCCUGCAGUCACCCCCACAGAAGGGGAGAUAGCUUGUUUAUUCUUAUUGGGCUUGUCCCCAGCACCAGCUACCUUCGCAGGAGCAGCAACCCUAUCUACCUUUGGCACCGCAGCCACACCUGAAGCUCCUUUUGAAGCUCCAGAUGGAGGCAACACCACCUUAGAGGCAACCAAGGGCACCGAUCCCCCGAAACCAGCUGUCACCACAGGCUCAUCCAUAAGGUUAACAAGAACACCCAUCUUCUGUGCGGGCAACCCGCCAGCAAUAUCCCCCAAAGUAGAAGAAGGAGGAGGAGAAAUCUCCACAAUAUACUUCUUCUUUUUGUCUAAUUAAUCCGAGGCCCCCGACGAGUUAGCCUUAGCUACCUCGCGGACAUUCCUCUUCCUACGACUCUUUACUAAAGUAAAGUCAUCAGUCUCCAUGGCAGAAUCAUCCACCAUAGAAGACUCAGAAACAAUUCUUUUCUUAACCUUCUUAUGCUUCUUCUUGUUAGGGUUCUUCAUAUCAACCCUACCUUCAGAAUCCUUCAUCAGGAAGCUUUCCUUCAUUUGGGGCUUAAUAAAAAACCCCAUCCUCACUCUCACAAUCGGAGGUGAGCCCUAUAAGCUUGUCCGCAGACAUCACUUAUCUAACACCACUUGAAAAAAUAAUUUUCAAAAGUGGCAAUCGUGAAACAAAAUUUUGCCUCAGUUGGCAAUAAUAUAUCGAAAAAAUUUUUGAAAAUUUUUUCAAAAAAUUUUACCCCAGUUGGCAAUUAUGGUCAACAAUGAAAAUAAUAUUUUGCCAAGGGUAUCAACAAUGGUGGCAAUAUUAAAAAAUAUUGCCUAACCAAGGUCGGCCAAUCAAAAAUUCUUCGAAGAGUGGCGAAAAUUUUCAAAUGAUUGAAAAAAUAUUUAUUAACGAAUGAAAAUUAGUUUUGUAAAAAAAAGAGAGUAAAUGAAAUUAAAAAAUAUUAAUAACAAAUGAGAAUUAAGUUUAUAUAAAAAUGAAAAAUGAAAUACAACAACCCACGCGAUUGGUGGGUUGGAAAAUUUAAAAAUAAAGAAAUAAGAUAAGAGAACCAAUUAAAAUUAAUGUUAUAAAAUAAGAGAAAAAAUAAGAGAAAAGAAUAUAAGAACUCACGUGAUUGGUGGAUACCAAAGUAAACCACCAAAAAAUCACUCGAUUAAACUAAAUUAAAAGAAAAUUAAAUUAAAUUUAUCAAGAAAAAUCGCACAAAUCUAUCAUAAAUCAAUAAGUAAUCAAAAUCGUAAAACCUUUAUCGAACAAGCCAAAUCAACCGAAUCAAAAACCGAAUCAAAACACUACUAUUUCUUCAAAAAUCAAAAAAUCCGCACCACAAUCAAAAAACACGUCCGUUCACUACAGAGCUACUAAGUCGAGUGAGUAAAUAGGGACAGUAGGAAUCUCGUUAAUCCAUUCAUGCGCGUCACUAAUUAGAUGACGAGGCAUUUGGCUAGAAAUAAUUUAGACUGGUCAGCCAGGACAGUCUUUUAUUUUUUCAGAUCUAUGACAUUAAAAAAUAAUAAAUUUCAUUUUACAAUUCAUUUACAUUUCAAAUAAUAUCAUGCACUAAAUAUACUACUUAAAUUGUUACAUUGUAUUUCAUAUAUUUCAUGUUGAUCGUUGACUGAGAGAUGAUCGCUGGUGUCUUUUUCUACUAAAUUGAAUGGUAGUAGUACCCUCGUUAAUGGAACGCAUCAGAUGAUUUGUUCAAUUAUAUGGCAAAAUGGAUAGCAUAUUACUGGGUGUUUCGUUGGUGUGGAGGCCUUGUUCUCCACACAAAUUUCAUAAAGUCUCGGUGAGACGUGCAACUACCGCGGAUGGUGGUAGUAAUUAUAUCGUUAGCAGUGAUUUUUGGUAAACGCAGAUGAUGUUUGAGGUAAUUAUUGCGCUUGCAAUAAUUGAUGCCUCUGGCGCCAACAAUGAGUGGCAGUACAUGUAUGUUAUGAGAGGGAAAACGUUGUUGGAUGGCAUCAAUGAAUGUCGCUGUGCUGUAAAUUGCGACCUUAUUGUUGUAUUGGAAGUCCAGACUGAGUGGACCUUCCCAGUUCACACCGAUAUCUGAGAUGAUGAGGGUGUUGUUUUUCAUUAGUAUUAAGUCGGGUUUCUUUAAAAUGCCGUCACUACAGCGGAUGUUGGGUUCGAGCAUGUAUGUCCAUCCACGACGAGCAACGAAGGUGGUGAUUCGUUUAAUG